AUCCACCACAGUAGCAGUAACAACUACAAGAACAACAGCACCAAUGGUAACAAUCAGCGAGGUCAAAUCCGGCAACUCGCGGGAGAACCGCACAGCUGCCCACACACAUAUCAAGGGACUAGGCCUCCGCUCAGACGGGACGGCGGAGAAGGUCGCUGCGGGCUUCGUGGGGCAGGAGAGCGCGAGGGAGGCUUGCGGUAUCGUUGUCGACCUGAUCAAGGCGAAGAAGAUGUCUGGCCGAGCGGUCCUGCUGGCCGGAGGGCCGGGGACGGGGAAGACGGCGCUCGCGCUGGCGGUAUCGCAGGAGCUGGGAACCAAGGUUCCCUUCCGCCCGAUUGUCGGCAGCGAGAUCUACUCGGCGGAGGUUAAGAAGACGGAGGCCCUGAUGGAGAAUUUUAGGAGGGCUAUUGGUUUGUUUGCUUGUUUUUCAUCUUGAUGCUUGGGGGGGGGGGUCUGACCGGGUGUUGCAGGCUUGAGGAUUAAGGAGACGAAGGAGGUUUAUGAAGGGGAGGUUACGGAUCUUACGCCUGAGGAGGCGGAGAAUCCCCUGGGCGGCUACGGGAAGACCAUCUCGCAUGUUGUUGUUGGGUUAAAGUCUGGGAAGGGUACCAAGAAGUUGCGUCUUGAUCCUAGCAUCUACGAGAGUAUACAGAAGGAGCGUGUUGCGGUCGGGGACGUCAUCUACAUUGAGGCGAAUACUGGCGCUGUUAAGAGGGUUGGGAGAAGCGAUGCUUAUGCUACCGAGUUUGAUCUUGAGGCGGAGGAAUACGUGCCAAUUCCCAAGGGGGAUGUUCACAAGAAGAAGGAGAUUGUGCAGGAUGUUACAUUGCAUGAUCUUGAUGUUGCCAAUGCGAAACCGCAGGUCUGUUUACUCCCUCCACUUUUACUCGGAGUGGUGGUGGAUACUGACAUUGAUAAUGAGACUCCCAGGGUGGCCAAGACAUAAUGUCAAUGAUGGGUCAACUAAUGAAGCCCAAAAAGACCGAGAUCACCGACAAACUCCGCACAGAGAUCAACAAAGUGGUGGAAAAGUACAUCGACCAGGGUGUAGCGGAGCUAGUCCCAGGCGUCCUCUUCAUUGACGAAGUCCACAUGCUAGACAUUGAAUGCUUCACCUUCCUCAACCGCGCCCUCGAGUCCAAAAUUUCCCCUAUCGUGAUCCUGGCUUCUAACCGCGGUGUAUGCACGAUUCGCGGAACCGAAGACAUCAUGUCCGCCCACGGGAUCCCUGCCGAUCUCCUCGGCCGACUGCUCAUCAUCCCGACGUACCCGUACGACUUGGACGACAUCAGGGUGAUCAUCAGGAUCCGCACAAAGACGGAGUCCCUGGACCUCGAGGACGCGGCGGUGGAGAAGCUUGCGCACAGGGGUGUGGAUACCAGUCUUCGUUAUGCCCUGCAGCUGCUCACUCCCGCGUCCAUCCUUGCGAGGGUUGCCGGGAGAACGAAGAUUCAGGUUGCGGAUGUGCAGGAGUGCCAGGAGCUGUUUAUCGAUACCAAGAGGAGUGCGGAGAUUGUUUCAGAGUUUGGGAAGAGCUUUAUUUCUUGAUGGGGUGGUUUCUUUUCUUUUCUUCCUUCCAUUUUUCCAUUUUUCUCUUUUCCUUUUCCAGGGGAAGGGGGGAGAUGAGGGUCUUGGUAAUUGAAACAAAAAUAUGUUGCGCUCUGUUGAUGAUGAGGAGGUGGUGGAGGGAUUUCUACUGUACUAUUAUCAUAAUUUGGGCGAUUAGAGUCGUUCUUGAUACAGGUAUCGGUUUUCUUUUUCUUCUUUUCCUUUUUCUCGACGGGUUUAUUCCACCAAUGUUAUUCCCGUAACCUAGGCGUGGGGCUGGGAGCGAUAUGAAUGUGAUAGCGGAACGGUAUGGUACAGUACUAUGAUAGUUUCUUGUCCAAGCCUGAUGCUAGUGCUGUGAGUGGUGAAGGCACAAUUUUAGCACAAGUGUCGCUCAACACUGGUUAUCGUACUUGUACAUGUACAGUACUUACCGGCACAGUUGUACUAUGGCCAUGAGUACCAUGAUGUACUGUGGAAAGGGGAAGUGUGAGGCUUUUCGGAGCAACCACCACCUCACGACAUCCGUUUCAUGAGAGAGCCAGACUCGACUUAUAUAUAAGACAAACGAGUAUGAUAAAGCCUUUGCCCGGCAAGAGGAUAAUGGUGUAAAUACUUGUGACAUUCUUCCCAUCCAUCCCUUGCUUAUCAUAUCGACCAUGGUACAAUACCUACCGUACCCGUAGACAAUCAAUCAUACCUGUACUGUGCCACCUCUCGUACGGUACGGUGCGGUACCGCACACAGCUGAAGCCCACCAAAUCCACCCUACAGUAAAAGCAAGGCGGCUCUUCCUUCCCAAGCCCAGCGCAAGGUG